AUGAUCCAACUAUUGGGUCCCGUGCAGUCAAGUGUGGAGUUGAUCCCGUGCAGUCCCGUGCAGUCAAGGUUGGCAGAGGCUAGGAAAGCAAGAGAGUCAUCUGCCCGGGCGAAAGGUUCUUCUGCAAUGUUAGUGGCUGAUCCAAAGAUGGACAAGUCUAGCCCUGCAGGGGAUGCAUGUGUGUCUGAUCUGCUCAAGACACACUUUCUAUCAAGCCCAUCCUCUUGUGCUGAGCUGGUUGAUCAAAUCCGUCAGGCUGGCGAUCUUGGGAAGAAACAUUUCAUCUCCUUCAAAAAAGCGGUGGUGGCAGACAUGGUGGAUCAGGCAGGUGGAGCUGCUGAGAGUGUGGCUAAUCAGGCGAAUACUGAAGAGUCUGCAUAUCAGGAAUCUCCUACUGGCGUCUCGGAGUAG